GGAAACGAUGGCUGACGCUAUCGAUUCUUCAGCCAAUCUCGGCACGCCUUGACCCAGCCCUCUCUCUUAUUGGAUACACAAGAGGGCAAGGAGGCGGAUGUUGUCGUCUCUGCGAGGGCCCAAACCGGCAAGAUGGCGUCGAGUGGCGGGGAGCUUGGGGGCGUAUUCGACCACCACGUCCAAAAGGCUGUGUGCGACUCGCGGGCCAAGUAUCGGGAGGGGCGACGGCCUCGCGCUGUCAAGGUAUAUACAGUCAAUUUGGAAUCUCGGUACUUAUUAAUACAAGGAGUUCCUGCAGUGGGAGCGAUGAAGGAAUUAGUUGAGCGAUUUGCUCUGUAUGGUGCAAUUGAACAGUAUAAUGCUCUGGAUGAAUACCCAGCAGAAGACUUUACAGAAGUUUACCUUAUUAAAUUUCUUAAUUUACAAAGUGCAAGGAUAGCCAAGAGAAAAAUGGAUGAACAAAGUUUCUUUGGUGGAUUGCUUCAUGUGUGCUAUGCUCCAGAAUUUGAGACAGUUGAAGAAACCAGAAAAAAAUUACAAGAGAGGAAUGCUUAUGUAGCAAGAACUACUAAAAAUAAAGAUCAUUACAUGACAAAGAAGCAUAAAGAUACAAAAGAUUUUAGACAGGACUUCUAUUCGAAGACCUCUGGAUUUCCUGCAGCCUCUUUGAACACAUCUACUGGGAACUCAGAUCUUUGUCUUCCUUAUUCCUGUGAGUUGCCUUUGUGCUGUUUCUCCCCCAAAUGUACAUGUUCAUCAGGAGAACAUGUGGACAGAGCAUCAAACUCCUCUCAGGAUGGUAGAAACCAUGAUGAAACACUGGAGCAUUGUAACCACUAUGACUCUCUGCAAAAAAUGCAGAUGAAAACUUUGAAAAAUUCAUUGGCCUUCCCUGGCGCACAGAAGGCUAUUACUCCUUCAGAGGCAGUUGACAGAUUUAUGCCUAGGACAACACAACUGCAGGAGCGGAAAAGAAGAAGAGAAGAUGAUUGUAAACAUGGAACUCUUCUUGAAGCAAGCACAAGUAGUAAUGAGGUUAUGAUUGGCCCUCAGUUACCAGACAUUCCUAAAGUAGACAUGCAUGAUGACUCGUUGAAUACAACAGCGAAUUUAAUUCGGAGUAAACUUAAAGAGGUAAUUUCAUCUGUGCCGAAGCCUCCAGAGGACAAACUGGAAGGUGUGCGUGGAAAUCAUCCUUUAAAACAAAGAAGAAGAAUAUAAAUUGUCUGCAGUAAACUAAUAUUUUUAAAGGCCUAUUUAUUUUUUAUUUUUAGGCUGUCAUUUUAAUUCUUAAAGAGAUUUUACUGCUGGUAUUUUUUUUUUAAUGCACUCCUCUUUGUAAUUUCAUUCAACCUACUUGUCUCAUAUAGUUUCAUCUUUUAAAACUAGUUUAUCAUGGACAAAAUACAUGCCAGCCAAUUAUGUCCCUUAAAAAAACUAAAACUUUUCCAGAAGUUCCACCCAGUGACUUUGGUUACAUCUUAUUGGCUAGAACUGGGCCCGUGGCUGUUCCUUAUAGAGGAGUCUAGAAUGUUGAAUGUUUGGGUUUCCAACUUCUGUGGUUGAGGAAGCAAGAGAAAAGAGGGUUGUGAAUGGCUCAUUCACAAUAUGUGCCCCCAAAUUAAGGUUGUUGGUUAACUUAACAAACAAAUUAAUUAAUUUAUCAUUACUUAUCAUAGAUGUUAUUUUGAUCCAUACUUAAUAUUACAGAAAUCAUUCUUACUACCUCUCACACUGCAAUCACUAUAUGUAAAUUAAUUGAAGCAAAUAUAGAAACUUUAUAAUAUAAAUAUAGGCAACCAGGAUCUGUUUCUGAAUUUAAUAAUUUUGAGUAAUUCACAUUCAAAAACUAGAAGUCAGGAUGUGUUGGAAUGCCAGGGCUUCAAAAUCAAGACAAUUCUAUAAAGCAAAAAAGUUAAACUAUUAGAACAAAGCUAAAAUUAGAAGCUUAUAUGCUUUAGUUAACUUCAAAGAGUAAUUUACUUCAUCUAUGGCAGAAACAAAUCAGUAUUUGUAAAUGCUAGACUUUUAUUACCACUACUUUUAGCAUAUCCACAUUUUUUUUUUCCUGGCAGUGCAUCACAUAAUUGGAAAUCCAAGUAUGUCCAGGCUGUUUCCUUUUUUUUUUUUUUUUUUUAACUGAUAACAAUAACCUAAGGAGGCCCAUACAAAAUGGUGUCUGUUUUUCUCCUUGUCCUAAGGGCCUCUUGCCUAAUGGAUUGAAUUUGAAUAUAAAGGUUAGGAAGUUCCACCUUCAUUUAUGACUUACUGAUUCAAACUUGCUAGGAAGGCACUUAGUUGUGGAUGGUAUUAAAAGAAGCUGCAGGCAAGGUGUCUGUCUGGCUCUACCUCCUUGUGAGGUAAUUAAUUAGAUAUAUAGUUGACCUUUGAACAACACGGGGUUAGGGUUGCUGACCCUCCACACAGUCAAAAAUCCACAUAUAACUUUACAGUCUGCCCUCCAUAUCUGCUGUUUUGUAUCCUCAGAUUCAACCAACCAUGGAUUAUGCAGUAUUGUAGUAUGUAUUUAUUGAAAAAGAAAUCCACAUACAAGUGGACCCUCACAGUUCGAACCCGUGUUGUUCAAGGGUCAACUAUACUUUUUGCUGCACUCUCAGUUAAAAAAAUACAUUAGUCACCUCAGCAUAGAGUUGGAAAAAGCAAGUUUCUCUCUGGAUCAGGCUUCUCAGAUUUUAAGGUGCUGUGAAUCUCCACCUUUUGUCUUAUUAAAAUGCAGACUCUGAUGGUGGUGGCAGAGGCUGGUGGGUGGCCGAAAUUGGGAGUUGCUUAAUGGGUAUAGAGUUUCAGUUGUGCAAGAUGAGUUCUCGAGAUUGGUUGCACAAUAGCAUGUAUGUACUUAACACUACUGAACUGUACACAUAAAAUUGGUUAAGAAGGUAAAUGUUAUGAUAGGUGUAUUUUACCACAAUACAGCAGAAAUUAGCACAACAUUGUAAAUCAACUAUACUUCAAUUAAAAAAAAAAUUUCUCUGAUAGCCCUAAAGGGAGGAGCUGCUAAGUGGGUUCUGUGUUCUUGAGUGGAUUCCUGAUCUGUGACUGUGUGAAGGCCAGCCCUCCUUGUCCCUGCCAGCAUACACAAAAUUUGACCACAA